GCGUGCGCGAGGGGGGUGAGUGAGCAGAGGCAUUCCUCGUUCCUCUCUUUAUUCUUCUCUGUCUGCCGGCUGAUGCGCGCGCGUUCACUCAGUGCAGAUAUGAGCACAGAUAUCAGUGAAGUUUGAAGAACGCAGAGAGCAGCGCGGGUCGGAUUAGUAUUUAUAUCAAACUUCAAGUUCUUAACUUUCUCUUUUAAACUGUUUGGUUUGACCAUGGGCUCUUUUUGUAGAAAGGCAUUUUACUGGCCCGUUUGGUCAUCUGCUGUUGUUUUUUUGCUUUUGAGUUCGCGUUGUCAUGGAAGUUGUUCAGAAAAGGAGCUGGAAAAACGAGAAGAAGAAGCGAAUAUAGUUUUGACUGGGACUGUAGAGGAGAUCUUGAACAUGGAUCCAGUGCACAACACGUAUUCCUGCAAGGUCAGAGUAUGGCGUUACCUAAAAGGCAAGACCAUGAUGAAUGGAGAGGUGCUGCUGGAUGGAGGAAACAAGGUGAUGAUCGGUGGAUUCGGAGACCCCCAUAUUUGCGAUAAUCAGGUGGCCACCGGAGAUACGCGCAUUUUCUUUGUCAACCUGUCUCCUCAGUUCAUGUGGCAGAGCCACAAGAACGAACUGAUGCUCAACUCAAGCCUGAUGAGGAUUACUCUCCGCAAUUUGGAGGAGGUGGAGCACUGCGUUGAAGAUCAUAGAAUGAUAAGUGCAGAUAAACCUGUUCACUUCACACCGGCUUCUCCUCCUGAUGGUUGCAGAGGAAAGCUGUGUGGAUUUGGAGCGCUGUGUGAGAGAGACUCCACUGACCCCUCUAAAGGAGAGUGUGUUUGUAAGAAGAUUGUAUGCGUGUCUGUGGUGGCGCCGGUGUGCGGUUCUGACUCCUCUACUUAUUCCAAUGAGUGUGAGCUGGAGAAGGCCCAGUGCAAUACACAGAGACGCAUCAAGGUGAUGCGCAGAGGGCCCUGUGCCCUGAAGGACCCAUGCAGUGAGGUGACCUGUAGUUUUGGCAGCACCUGCAUUCAGUCAUCUGACGGUCUGUCCGCCAAGUGCAUGUGUCCUCUGAGUUGUGAGAAUGUCCCCGAGCAAAUGGUGUGUGGCAGCGAUGGCUUGGACUACCGAAGUGAAUGUGAGCUCAACAUGAAAGCCUGCGCCACUCAGAAGAACAUCCGUGUGCAUCACCAAGGCCGCUGCGAUCCUUGCAGUGAUAAACUGAACAUCAUGAGGGAAGCCUGUCGGGUGAACCCAAAGACCUACGAGCUAACCUUCCCCACAGCCGAUUCCUGCCCGCCCGAGAGUACUCCCAUCUGCGCCAGUGAUGGCCACACUUACGAUAGCGAGUGUCAGAUGAAGUGGACGGCCCUGCAGAACAACCUGGAGCUCAAAAAGGUUUCUUCAGGCAGCUGCAAGGAGAAAGGGGGCUGUCCGAAUGGUUGUCUGUUCAACGCCAUAUGUUUGCUGGAAAACGGAGAGUUUCAGUGUUCCUGCGACCCCAUACAAUGUGACGGCACAUACAAGCCCCUGUGCGGAAUGGAUGGAAAGACAUACCCCAACGACUGCGAAAGGAAACUAGAAGAGUGCCGGGCCGAAACAGACAUUCCCAUCAAGCAACCAGGGCCCUGUGAUCUUAACCUGGAGAGCCCCUGCCUGAAGAAGACCUGCGAGUUUGGAGCCGUGUGUGUGGUUAAGAACAGCGAGCCUGUGUGCGAGUGCUCAGAUGCAUGUCCACAUGACCAAGACCCUGUUUGUGGCAGCGACGGGCACACUUACAGCAGCUCAUGUCAAAUGAAGGCCAUGGGAUGUGCCCUUCAGAAACAGAUACAGAUGCAGCACAAAGGACCAUGUGAUGAGUCCUGCACCAACUGCUCAUUUGGCGCGAUCUGCGAUGCUCAGACUGGCCGGUGUGUGUGCCCUAAAGGGUGUUUGGAAACACGGCAGCCCGUGUGCGGCAGUAAUGGGGUGACGUAUGAGAACGAGUGCAAGCUGAACGUGGAAGCCUGCACUAAGCAGCUGGAUCUCAAAGUGGUGGCCCAUGGAGAAUGCAAAACCUGUGGCAGCACUGUGUGUAGCUGGGGAGCACGGUGCAUGCAGAACCAGUGUGAGUGUCAGCAGUGCACGGGUCUGCCGGUGAAACCCGUGUGUGGCAGCGACGGGACCACCUACAGCAAUGACUGUGAGCUGCGGCUGGCCUCCUGCAAGACACAGAGGAAGAUUGAGGUGGCCAAACCUAGCAUCUGUGAUGAAGACUGCGGAUCAGGAGGCUCAGGUUCAGGAUCUGAAACCUGCGAGCAGGAUCGUUGUCAACGAUAUGGCGGAUCAUGGGAUGAAGACACAGAAGAUGACCGCUGCGUGUGUGACUUCAACUGUCAGAUAGUUCCAGAGAGCCCAGUGUGUGGCUCUGAUGGGAACACAUACACCAGCGAGUGUGAGCUGAAGAGGGCCAGGUGUGAGAAUCAAGUGGACUUGCUGCUCCAGAGCCAAGGUCCCUGCCCAGCUAUCACAUCAGCUCCAACAGAGCUCAUUGCCUCCCAGCACUGUAACGAAACUGUUUACGGAUGUUGCAAAGACAGCAAGACCGCUGCCCUGGGUGUUGGACUGGCUGGGUGUCCUAGUGUGUGUCAGUGUAACCAUUACGGCUCAUAUGGAGGCACCUGUGACCCGUCCACCAACCAGUGUUCGUGUAAACCCGGGGUCGGGGGACUCAAGUGUGACCGCUGCGAACCCGGAUUCUGGAACUUCCGAGGCAUUGUUACAGAAGACAUGAGUGGCUGCACACAGACCAACUAUUCUAUAGGACCUGAGGCACCCAAGUCCUGUGAUGAGCUUGUGUGCAAGUUCGGCGCAUCAUGUGUAGAGUUGAACGGACAGGCUCACUGUGAGUGCCCUUCACCAGACUGUGAUGAGAAAAACAAGACCAAGGUAUGUGGUUCUGAUGGGGUUACCUAUGCAGACCGAUGCCAGCUAAGGACCAUCGCAUGCAGACAAGAUAAGGAGACCUAUGUGAAUCAUUUAGGCCAGUGCAAAGAAUCCAUUGAGCUGACGGCCAAACCCACCCCCUUCCCAACCACCCACCGCUCCACCCCUCCCACCGCUCACGUCAAGAUCACCAAACAGCGCCAUGGCCACACCACCACCACUACUUCAAGCAUUCUGGACAGCUUCUUGGUAGAGGCUCUGCCUUCUCCGAAGACGGUCGAGGCAGGAAUUUUCUCCAGCUCUUUCACCACCCACCGCCCUGCCACACUCAACAAACAACCCCGCACCUCAUCCCCACUCCUGGACUCCACCCCUUACUUUGACGAAUCGGGCAGUGGAGAGCCCAGUGGGGAUGAAGAGAGGAUGAGCGGAAUGGAGGAGAGCGGAGAAGGGCCACUUGGUACAACAGUAGCUACUACCACUCUUCCCACAGUCAAAGAACGGUCUUCCUGUGACAACACAGCUUUUGGCUGCUGUCCCGAUGGGAAGACAGCUGCCAUCAGCUCUGAGGGUACAAACUGCCCCUCCACCAUGCGUUUCAGCGGCUUACUGCACCUGGAUAAGGUAGAGGAUCAGGAGAUCUUCUACACACCGGAGAUGGAGGACCCCAAGUCAGAGUUGUUCGGCGAAACGGCCCGGAGCAUCGAAAGUGCUUUGAAUGAAUUGUUCCGUAAAUCAGAUGUCCAGAAAGACUUCAAGAGUGUCCGUGUGAAGAAUCUGGCUCCCAGCAACUCCAUAAUAGCCUUUAUUGAGACUCACUUUGACCCAGACACAAGGUUCAGUGUGAAGGAUAUUGAGGGAGCCCUUCUCAAACAGCUCAAUGCAUCUAAAGACACUGGUAUAGUUGUGAAGAAACCUGAGGAAGAGAACAUCCGCAUCACCACCUAUGGUCUUUCAGCUGUUCCUUUCUUCACGACCACGACAACCACCGUGGCGUCAGUCACAACUCCCAUCACCACAAUCCUGUCUCCCACUACUGCAUUUACCACUCUCCGCCCGAUCACCACUAGACGACCCUUCACCAGCCGCAGGACUACCACAGCCGCACCAGCCACCACCACUCCAUCUCAGGCCCCCACGACCACAGUCUCCCUGAAGAACAGACUGACUGUCCACCCCAACAGGCUGUGUGACUCCCAGCCCUGCCGUCACGGUGGAACCUGCGAGGAGGAGGAUAAUGACUUCACCUGCAUCUGUCCUGCAGGAAGAGGAGGAGCCGUGUGUGAGAAAGUUAUAAAGUACUUCAUCCCAUCCUUUGGUGGUAAGUCUUACCUGGCUUUCCAAACGAUGAAGGCCUACCACACUGUGCGCAUUGCCAUGGAGUUCAGGGCUUCGGAAAUGACAGGGAUAUUGCUGUACAAUGACCAAAAAGGCAAAAAAGACUUCUUGUCUCUGGCACUGGUUCAAGGACAUGUGGAGCUCAGGUUUAACACUGGUUCUGGGACGGCUUCAGUGAUCAGUAAGGUACUGGUAAGGCCGGGUCGUUGGCAUCAGCUCAUAGUUGUGCGUAACAGGCGUAAUGCCAUGCUGAGUGUGGACAAUGAGCCGAGCGUUGAAGGACAAAGUCCCCCAGGAACAGAUGGACUCAACCUGGACACAGACCUUUUUAUCGGAGGAGUGCUUGAAGACAUGAUACCAGAUGUAAAGGAGAAGACAUCAGUUUCAACAGGCCUGGUGGGCUGCAUCCGCUUGCUGGACGUCAACAACCUUGUCUAUAACCUGCAAGAGAAUGGCAACAGCAUUCUAUACGGUUCAGGCGUGGGAGAGUGUGGCAACAAUCCAUGCCUGCCGAACCCCUGCAAGAAUGGAGCUUCUUGCCAGGUCAAAGAAGCAGAGAUGUUCCACUGCAAAUGUGUCAAUGGUUUCUCCGGUCCAACUUGCGCUGAUGCCCACAACCCUUGUGACCCCAAUAAAUGUCACCCGCCAUCACGGUGCCAGGUCCUUCCAGAGGGAGGAUACAAAUGUGAAUGUCCGAUGGGACUUGAAGGCAAGCACUGUGAAAAAGUGUCAGACAAGGGAGGCGCUUACAUUCCUUACUUUACUGGAGACUCUUUCCUGGAGCUCAAGGGCCUUCAUCUCUACGGCCAGGAUCUGAGGCAAAAGUUCAGCCUGACUGUGGUUCUGUUGGCCAACGACUCCAAAGGAAUGAUCUUCUACAACGGUCAAAAGACUGACGGCAAAGGAGAUUUCAUCUCUCUCUCCCUGAAUGAUGGUAUCCUAGAGUUUCGAUAUGAUCUGGGCAAAGGGCCAGCUGUCAUUAGGAGUAAAGAAAAAAUCAAGCUGAACGAAUGGAACACAGUGAGUCUGGAGAGGGCCAGCAGAAAAGGAGAGAUCAGCAUUAACGGCAAAGACCCCGUCAGAGGAGAGGCGCCGAAUCAGCACACAGAUCUUAAUCUGAAGGAGUCACUCUUUGUGGGCGGAGCCCCUGAUUUCCGCAAAGUAGCCAGAGCUGCUGCGAUUAAAGAUGGCUUCAAAGGGGCCAUUCAGAAGAUUACUCUGAUGGGAAUUCCAAUCCUGAAAGCUGAUAACGCACUUCACUCCAGUGAUGUGUCCAUGUAUCCCUACCACCCCUGCUCCAAAGAUGUUUGUGAGAACGGAGGCCGCUGCAACCCCCUCUUGGAUAGCUACGAGUGUGUCUGCCGCCACGGAUUUGUUGGACAGCACUGCCAGGAUGCAAUAUAUGAGAAAUCUGCUGGGGACACAGAGGCCAUUGCAUUUGAUGGUCAUACAUUCAUCGAAUAUCACAACGGAGUCACCAAGAGCCAACUGACCAAUGAGAUCCCAGACCCUGAGUCACUGGAGAACCCAUCUGACCAGAGUGAGAAGGCCCUGCUGGUGAAUAAAUUUGAACUGAGCAUCAGGACUGAGGCUACUCAUGGUCUGAUUUUGUGGAGCGGAAAGGGAGUGGAACGCUCCGACUACAUUGCCCUCGCCAUUGUAGACGGCCGUGUGCAGAUGACCUAUGACCUCGGCUCCAAGCCUGUGGUGUUGCGCUCUUCUGUACGGGUCAACACCAACCGCUGGAUACGAAUCAAGGCCAACAGAGCGCUCAGAGAUGGCUCGCUGCAGGUUGGUAAUGAGGCAGCUGUCACUGGGUCAUCACCAUUGGCUGCCACACAGCUGGACACAGACGGCGCUCUCUGGUUGGGAGGUCUGGAGGAGCUGUCCGUAGCUCGCCGGUUGCCCAAAGCUUACAGCACUGGCUUUGUCGGCUGCGUGAAAGACAUGAUAGUCGACGGGGUACAACUACAUCUGGUUGAGGACGCCUUAAACAGUCCCAAAAUAUUACACUGUUCUGCCAAAUAGUCUGGCACCACCAUCCUCCCAACACCAUGUCUACUGCUGUAAUUAUUUUUCUAUUUUUUGUAUAAUUUUCUUUGCCUUUCAUAUUGGAAAAAUUACAUUGUUUUAAUUAUAAUUUUAUUUUGUUUUCUUUGUUCCCCCAUCAUUGCGUCCAACCAUAAUCAUGUCACCAGUCAGCGAACAUGGUGUCACAAAACAAGCAAAAAGUGGCAUUACAUCUGUCCUGUUCCUAUGACAAACAGCAGAACAUGUACUUGCUCAUUACUUGAACAGUGGCAGAUGAGAUUGGUGCUGUUUGUGCCGUCUGGAUUGCCUUCUCUCGCUUGCUGUCCAGCAGUCAUCAUACAUUCCUCUGAGCUACUGCUGUGGUCCAUUACUACAUUUAAAAAAGGUCUAAAAAAGUGACUUUCUGCUUUAUUGACGCCACAGAAACUGUUAAAUACACUGAGCAAGACUAUAUACAAUAUUCCUCAUUUAUGAUACCACUAACAAGGGCGAAAGCUUGAAAAACUUGAAGCUUUUGAAUCCUGAACUGUUAGUAGCUGACGUAACAUUUAGCAUUCCUCAAAAUUCACUAGUUUUUUUUUUUUUCCCAUGCAAAAAUCAUUGACCUGUGAGAUGAAAUAAAUAGUAAUGAAAUACAUGAGACUGUGAAUUUUGAAGAUGCUAUUUUUGUUGCAGUCAUUCGUCUCAUGUGUUGUGCAUAUC